GGCACGGAGGCAGCAUGCUAAACCGGGUCCGCUCGGCCGUGGCGCACCUGGUGAGCUCGAGUGGCACUCAGUCCCAGCGACCCAAGUCCCCAGAUCUGCCCAACACGACCUCAGCGCCGUCCUCUGCCCCAGAAACGCCCAGGAGCCCCCCGGCGAGGUCUGGGAGGGAGGCCGGCGCGCCUCCGAAGACCGCGGAGACUCGGGCGAGCUUCUCCCGACCCACCUUCCUGCAGCUGAGCCCCGGGGGACUGCGACGCGCUGACGACCACGCAGGCCGGGCUGUGCAAAGCCCCCCCGAAACCGGUCGCCGUCUGCCCUGGAGUACAGGCUAUGCCGAGGUCAUCAAUGCUGGCAAGAGCAGGCACAAUGAGGACCAGGCUUGCUGCGAGGUCGUUUAUGUGGAAAGCCGAAGGAGUGUUCCAGGGGCUAACCAGGGACUCUGCUUCUACUACUGGGGCCUGUUUGAUGGACACGCUGGUGGUGGAGCAGCUGAAAUGGCCUCCCGGCUCCUGCAUCGCCACAUCCGGGAGCAGCUAAAGGAUAUAGUAGAAAUCCUUCAGGAUCGCUCGCCACCUCCCCUGUGCCUCCCUUCCACUCCGGGGACCCCAGGUUUCUCUGACCACUCACACUUGGUUAGCCCUCAGUCCUGCUGGUCUCCACAGAAGGAAGUGACACAUGACAGCUUGGUAAUAGGGGCUAUUGAGAACGCCUUCCAGCUCAUGGAUGAGCAGAUGGCUCAGGAGCGGCGCGGCCACCAAGUGGAAGGAGGCUGCUGCGCACUGGUCGUGGUCUACCUGCUAGGCAAGAUGUACGUGGCCAAUGCGGGUGACAGCAGGGCCAUCAUUAUCAGGAAUGGUGAAAUCAUUCCGAUGUCUCGGGAGUUCACACCGGAGACUGAGCGCCAGCGUCUUCAGCUGCUUGGCUUCUUGAAACCAGAACUGCUAGGAAGUGAGUUCACCCACCUUGAGUUCCCCCGAAGAGUCCAGCCCAAGGAGCUGGGGCAGAGGAUGCUGUACAGGGACCAGAAUAUGACUGGCUGGGCCUACAAAAAGAUUGAGCUGGAGGAUCUCAGGUUCCCUCUGGUCUGUGGAGAGGGCAAAAAGGCCCGGGUAAUGGCCACCAUUGGGGUGACCCGAGGCUUGGGAGACCACAACCUGAAGGUCUGCAGUUCCACUCUGCCCAUCAAGCCCUUCCUCUCCUGCUUCCCUGAGGUACGUGUAUAUGACCUGACACAGUAUGAGCACUGUCCAGAUGAUGUGCUGGUCCUGGGAACAGAUGGCUUGUGGGAUGUGACCAAUGACAGUGAGGUAGCUGCUACUGUGGACAGGGUGCUGUCAGUCUAUGAGCCCAAUGAUCCCAGCAGGUAUACAGCUCUGGCCCAAACUCUGGUCUUGGGGGCCCGGGGCAUCCCCCGGGACCGUGGCUGGCGUCUCCCAAACAACAAGCUGGGUUCCGGGGAUGACAUCUCGGUCUUCGUCAUCCCCCUGGGAGGGCCAGGCAGCAGUUGCUCCUGAAGGGCUCAGCCCCAUGCCUCUCACCCAUCCCAGCCUCUCCGUUGUUACCAUUCUCCCAGCCCAAACAACGGAAGUUGUGUCCCUGACACUUGAGUGGCCACUUAAUUGACAAAGAAAUGGGACACCCAACUGGAUCCAAAAUCACAGCAAUCAGCAAAUAAACCAGG